AACUUCUUAGUUCACGAUCAUUUUAAGAAACUCCUUCUUAAAGUCCUUCUUAACUGCUCAGUUCUAGAAUUUUAAAGCUUAGCUUGUGAUUAGCUCGGAACUAAGACUUUAGUUUCUGAGUUUCUCUUCCGCAGGACACACACGUGUUGUUGACUUUCUCUUAGAAAGCACUUUCUCUGUGCGCAGCGGCGCAACCAGGACUCUCUUAGUGGCCAUUGCAUGCGAGAAUGGCCCUUCUCGCUCGCCAGUUCUCCCUAUCUCUCUGGGACUCUCCAAUGUAAAAGCGCAGCUUGGCAGUACUGCUGCUGCUGGCUCUGGUGCUUCCUCUUCCACGCAUUUUUGACACUUGUGACAUUUUUGACACACAAAUCAAUUGUUACGUGAAUUUUCAGCGUGUCGUGCAGCAGCAACAGCAGCAGCAGUGGCAGCAGCCGAGGCACACAAAGUCGGGUGACUGCUCACAAAAAAUAGUGAAAAAAUUAAUCAAAAUCAAAAGCAACAAAAUCAUAUUUUUAUUAACCGGAAAUAUUGUGUUGUUUUUUCGCGUUUGAAACAUCAUGCCGCAAGUGUUGCCUACUUUCGUGCGUUGCCCACGGACUGUGUGUGUGUGACAUAAUUUGGUGUAAUGGCGAGAACUUGAAUUUAAAGAUUCUAGCACAUAGGCUGGCUAGUGUGACCUCAGAGUGCAUAACACACCACUUUGAAUACUAAAGGCACUCCGCAACUGCCACACCACCCCACUUACCGACCUACCCACCUAACCACCCACCCACCCACAACGCGCCCCUCUUUUUGGGGGCCUUCUUCUUUCUGCUGCAAAUCGAUUUCUGUUUCCGGCAUUUUUCACGUGGCUGCUGCUGUCCCCCUUCACUGAGAAAAAUUUUGUGUUUGACAAUAAAUUUUUAACUAAAAAUUAUAUAGUUGAAAUUAAGCCUUUUACGUUAAAAGUGACAGUUUAAUAAAUAAAUUAAAUUAUUUGUAUUUUUAUUGUCCUUACAAUUUUCUCUCAGUGCUCUAUGUUGGUCUGUUUUCGUGCAGUUUUGGCUUUUCGCUGCUGCUCUGCCAUUCUGCCAUUCUGGCGUUCUGGCCUAACGAUUUUUCCCGCAAAACAACACCUAAGCUCAAGCCCAAAGUCAAACACAAACACAGGCCUUAGACCCCCAGAGCCCCAGAACCCCAGAGCCCAAAUCCAAAAUAUUAUAGUAGUAGAGAACGGAGAGGACAUUAAGGUGGCAGCCAGCAUGGGCCGUAAAUCGCAAAUCGUAAACAGUUUUGUGGGCCUCCCCAGCUGAAAGUAACAGUCAGCCUGGUUUAUCGGAAUCGUUUUUGAUUUCCUGCUUUUGGCCUGUAUUCCGUCCGUGUAUUUCGUUUUUCCGAAUUCCGUAUUCCAUUUGCCGUAUUCCGUAUGUGUGUGUGUGUGUUAGUGAGGUCUGCCAUUCCAUUCGCUUCUUAGGGCUUUCCUCGUCGUGGCUUUAUUUUCGGUUUCGGUUUCAGUUUCAGUCAGUCAGCUGCUGCUUUUCACGUGGCACGUGUCGUAUGAGUAAUAUUUUCGGCUUCUUCCACUUUAAUGCCAGCAUCAGCACCAGUCUCAGCCCAGCCCAGCCAGCACCAAAAUGAAAAAUGCUUAGAAAAGGGCAAAAAAAAAAAAAACUAUGAGAAAAGACUGUCCAACUGACAUAUAUUAAAUAGCAAUUACGGAAUUCAUUAAGUGCUUAAAUCAAUCGCAAUUUCAAAGUGUUCAAAAUUAUCAAUAAUAAUCAGAAAUAACAAUACAAUAAUCAAAUAGAUGUUCGCUUGGAUUAAAUUUAACAAAGAAGCGUAGACGAAAUACGAAUGCAAAUUAGAUGCAAAAUAAAUGGGUAAAAUGAGGUCAAGUAAAUACGAUGUUACCACAGCUUACGGUCUAUGCCAAGAUUAUUUACCUCCUGAUGGUGGUGAUUUCAGGUGCAUUAUGUACAGUAGAAGAUUACGUAAUAAUGUCACUGUGUGCACAAGACAAAGCCAUACACCUAGCUGCGGAAGGAACAGUCUCAGUGACAGACACUUCACAGAUACAAAAUAUAACGAUACUCGGCUUCCCGGACUAUCUGAACCAAGAGUUCACAUUCAAACUAGCACUGUACGCAAAAGAGACGCAAAGGUAUUUGUGCUUCAACGACAAUUGGAGAUUAGUUGGCAUGACGAAGCUGCGCGAUACCUGCUACUUCAACGAGACCAUCCAUCACGGUUAUUUCGUGUUCCGUUCCAUUGUCGAUUCAGAGCGACGAGUCGGAUUCACGCACGGAGGUAAGCCUGUGGGUCCAAAGAUGAGCGUCAAGGAUGCCUGCUACCAUUUCAAUAAGAUCGAUGUCGAGACCUUUUACCGCCAGCACAGGCAUUUGAAAAUCAACAGCAAUAGCAACGGUAGCGGCAGCGGCAGCGGCAAUAGCAACAGUAAUGGUAGCAGCAACAGCAACAUUAAGAGUCGGAAGCCCCCGCGUAACAACAAAAACAAUCGCCACAAAUCGAAUAACCAAAAUCAAAAGUUGCAACAGCAACAGGAGCAUCAUGGCCAUAAUAAUAAUAACGUUAUUCUUAAUAAUAAUAGUAGUACUAGUUUAAGUAGAACUAACAAAAAGCAACAAUCGAAGCAACAGCAGCAGCAGCAACAUCAGGUGCGACAUCACCAUAAUGAUCCAUCGCUGCUGGCGCGACGACAGCAACAUGAGAGGAAGCAGAAGCGGCGCAAGCAACAGAAGCAACAGCAACAUCAGCAGCAGCAGCAGCAACAACGAGUUACAGCUAGUCCAACGAAACCAGCAACUGCAACUACCCCAGUAGCAACAUCCCCGGCAACAGCAACCACAGCAGCAACAUUGAGCAGCAAGCGCAAGGGCAGACGAAGAAAGGGCAAGUCGAGGCAGCCCAAGUUGCAGCGACAGCAACAGCAACAGCAACAGUUGGCCCCAGCAGCAACUGCAACAACUGCCUAUACAGAAGACUCCUUUUACAGCAGCAGUAGCAUUGGCAGCAGCACAGGAUUCGAGGAUCUGGAUCCCUAUAACGUCAGCAGCAGUAGCAGCACGAGUUUAGAUCCCUGGUCUACUUGGUCCACAAUCGAUAGCUUUAGCAGCAGCAGCAACAGCGGCAGUAGCAGCAGCAGCAGCACAACAACAACAUCCGACGACAGUAUUAGCAGCAGCAGCAACUACGACCUCUGGGCAACCAUGAUCACCAAAAUGGAGGCCGAGGCAUCGGAGACCACGUCGGAGCUUAGCGGUAAUGAUACCGAUUUGCUGCUGCAGUACGAGCCCCAAAUGGUGGAGGAUAUAGGAAUGCAGGAGGAGGCGGAAUCCACAGCGACAUAUGAAACCAAAGCAACAUCAGCCAUAGCAGCAAUAGCAGCAACAGCGGCCACAACUACCUCGACAACGGGCCAGCAGCUGGUAAUUGAGCAGACGCCGCUGCAGCAGGAGAUGGCCAAAAGGAUUAGCACACCGGCAGCAACAGCAACAGCAACAGCAACGACAACAUCAGCAGCAACAGCAAGAGCAACCACAACACCAACAGCCACAACCAGUCAGACUGAAACAACACAGAGCACGCCAAAUCAGGGCCGAAAUGAGGUGAAGCCCCCGCAGAGGCAACACAAGUUCUUGGCGUCGCGGCAACCUUCAGCCACGACCAGAGUGUCCAGCACGGCCGAGACAUUGGCAACAACACCGCAGCAACAACGGAAGCAACCAUCCUCCUUGUUCAGUAUCCACAAGAAUAUCAACAGUGAUCUGAACAACUCCCUGACGGAGGCCUCGCCAACGGCAACAGCCACUACGGGAGCAACUGCAACCGUGACGGCGGCAACCACUACCAAGAAGAGCCUGAGGAAGUUCACCCGGAAGUUGAUGGCCACGCCCUAUCACCAACUGACCUACGUGAGAAAUGAGGCUGGGGACAUCGAUAUCGACAACCUGGACAACAUCAGUGUCUAUCCCGAUCUUUACGAGGGCGAUUUGGAAGGUAAUGGUAAUGGAAACGGCAACGACGGCAGCAACAGCACGGAUAUCAACCGGCAGAUGCCUGUCAGCCUGUCGGGCUACCUUCCUACCACAACCACGUCGGUGUUGACGGAAUUCAUCAGGAUUGGAAAGAACAAAAUCGACCGGGCACUUAAGAGGUCGCAGAUGCAAAAGCAUAGGAGAUUCGCGUAGUAGUAAGAAAUGGAAUAAUCUACUUAUGAAUCCUUGUUCUAUACAGGCCCGAUUCUGUUUUUCCGUUCAAAAUGGCUUCGAUUUACAUUUUAAAAUCAGUAUGUUUGGAUGAAAAUAAAAUCAAAUAUUCCUAUGACAGAUUGAAAACAGAAUCUGGCCUCGUAGAGAAAAACAAACCUAUACUCAUUUUUUCAAAUGAAUUUAAAUAAAAUCAAAGGAAGAGCAAAAUAUUUAUGAAUAAAUAAUAAACAAAAUUUUAUAAUGAACUGAUACAUAUAUAUAUAAACAUAUAAAACUCGAUGUACACAAGGAGUUGCUUACUGUUCAGUACCUCGACUCGACUCGACUUUUGCACUUGCACUAUGCCUAAAAGCACACUACAGAAAGCGGAAAGCGGAUGCGGAUGCGGAUGCCAUGGAUUGCGAUAACGAUAACUCAGGCCGCACUUCAUCCAGUAGCGAGUACAGUGAACACUACACCAGCUGCACUCGAGAGGCCGCAGGGAACGAAACUCUCUCAGAACUGCUACAUAGUUAUAAAUGAAAAGACAAUAACGUUUUUAUUUACGAGUAUGUGCUAUAGAAACUAACAAAUCGACAAGCCGAAGCGAUAGCGAUAACGAUAAUCGAUAAUCAAUAAUCGAUUUACGAUUUACGAUAAAAGAAAAACUAAAAUUGUUGAAAUGGAAAUUAAGAAGGAGCGCGACAUUCAGUUGCAAGCAAAUUAACGUUUCGAAGGCACUGAAAAAAAAUGUAGCAAACGUUUGAUUUACUAAAUCAAUUAAAUUAAUUAGCAAUCAGAAUAAAUAAAUACAAAGGCGAAAAAAAAACGAUAUAUAUAUAUAUUAUAUAUACAUAUAUGCAUAUAUUUUCAAAAUUUUAUAACGAACCAAAAACCAAUUAGUAAACAAAUUAGAACAAAACGAAUGAAGAAGUUUUUUAAAUUCAUACGCAAGCAGAAACUAUGUGUCGGCAACGAUGACGGUAACAAAUUCGCACAGCAAAACACUUCCAAAAACAAUGAAAGAUUUAAACUAAAUAUUAAACAAUUUUACUAGGCACAAGCGAUCGAAAUUGGAAUCGAUAUAGACGAGAACAAAAAACUCCAUUCAAAACCGAAUAAACCGAAUUUUUUAAGCGAAAACAAAACAGAGUUAUUCAAAUUGUCAGCAUUAUAAAUUGAUUUUAGGAAAUAGCUUGUGAGAAAUAUGCAAUGGAAACAAAUUUUGAAUAAUGGAACAUUUUAAAGAACUAAUUACGUAUGCAUCCAAAACAAAACAAAAAAAGAAAUAUGUACUGCAAGAAAACACCAAAAUUCACACUGAAUAAACAACGUUAUAUUUAUUGAUUGAUGAAAAACUAAGAACCUACAACUAAAAAAAUCGAAUCAAAAUAACAGCAAGGAAUACCAACUGCUGCUUUUCUACAUGCGAAUAUAUAUAGAUUUAUAUAUAUUCAUAUAUAUAUAUAUAUAGGCACAUAUAAGCAUAUGUGUACGAACAUGAAAAAGAUAUGCAAAAAUUGUUUCUCAUAUAUUUAUAUUAAUAUUAAAAAUAAAUAGUUCAAACAUAUUAACAAACCAAAUAUGCGAAAUUAAAACAAUUUGAAGGGAAAUGCGUAAACAAAAAAAAAACAAAAAACACAUAACUGAAGAGUCAAGUUUAUAUGUAGAAAUAUGUAUGAAUGUAAAUUUAAUGCAAACAAAAAUCAAGAAGUUAAAGCAAGAUGCUUAGGUGAAAAUUUAAUUAGUGUGUACUUAAGACAAGAAACCCAUUUAACAAUUGAACGAUUAAUUAUUAACUUAACUAGGCAUUGAAGCAGCACUCAACUAACAAUAAAUACAACAAAAUCCGAACAGAAACCGAAACAGAAACAGAUACUACAGAUACAGAAACCGAAACACUUGAAUUGAACUACUGUACUUAUACAUAUGCGCGUUGCUGUAAUAUAAACAAAAUUCUUAUGUUGAAUCGAAGAAUGAAAAAGAAGGAGUAGGACGAGCAGGAGGAGGUGGAUCAGGACCCUAACAGGAUCUUCUACCAACCAGCGCAGACAGAAACUAUUUAUUUCAACUUGCAUCGAAUGGGAGUGGAUUUUUGGGCCGAUUGUCAUUUGUCAUUUGUAAAUUCAUUUGCACUUUUCUUUCUACUAUUACUACUUUUAAUUAACGCAUUAAUCGUUAAUCGUAUGCCUAAGUUAACACUUCUACCAUUGUAAAUUGUAAUAUGUUUUAUUUCUAAGCCGAGCAUUAAAUGUAAUUAUUUAUGUAUAGAAAGCAAAAUGAUUCUUUCGCUACGAACUUACGACCUUUCGAACUUCAACCCACAACACUCUCUCACCAUCACUCACCUUGCCUUUGUCUCCCCCCAAAAACAAACGAAUUCUAUCCCUAUUAAUCUCUAUCUUAUAUAUGAAUAUAUAACUGACUAUUUAAUUGCAUUUCUUUGUAUUAAAACCAAGUAAUAACAACACACUAGAAACUUAAUAAAAGCCUCAACAAAA